CUCUUUGGCAUCGACAACCAUCGCACUGCAAMCCAACAACUCUAACGGGAUAUCACCAGAAACCAAUCGAUCGAUCCACCAUGUCUCUCAGCAACGGAAGCAUGGCCUAUAACUCCGCCGCGGGCCUGGGUGGAAUGCUCAAAGACGGCCACGAACACUUUGCCGACGACGACGGUGGUGGUGCGGUAGUGGCCCGCAGCAUUUCCGCCGCCUGCGAGCUGUCCCGAAUGCUCUCGUCGAGCCUGGGUCCACAGGGUCGGAACAAGCUCAUCGUGAACCACUUGGGAAAACACAUUGUGACGAGCGAUUGUGCGUCGAUCCUGAAAGAAAUCGAGGUCGAGCACCCUGCCGCCAAACUUUUGGAACUGGCGGUUCAGCAACAGGAAACGGAAUGCGGGGAUGGGACAAACCUGGCACUCACCUUUGGAGGGGAGUUGCUCACGUCUACCCUGGGUUUGAUGAAAAUCAUGGGAUGGAAGCACAAGACGGACAUCAUGGAGGGAUUUCACCUGGCAUCCACCAAAUUGCUGAACGAGCUCUUGGUCACCCCCAAAGACGGAGACAAUAGUGGAUGCGUAGUGGCUAAGAUCYCCCAUCCCGCUUCCAGUUCCGAAGCGCUCAAGGAAUUGAAAGAGAAGGUGCUGCUUCCGGUUUUGGGAUCAAAGCAAUACGGAUCGGAGGGCAUCCUAAGUGACUUGAUUGUUCAGGCCUGCCAGAUCGUCCUGAACGAAGGGGAAACAAAUCAGGUCCUGCAGCCCUCAUCCAUCCGAACGGUCAAAAUCUUGGGAGGCAGCGUCGGUCAAUCGGCAUGUGUACAGGGAUUUGUGGCACAGCGGGGCGUCGAAACGACCCGAACGGCUUCGGAAAAGAACGCCAAGAUCGUUGUUUACGCCUCUGGUAUCGAGGCCAGUUCCACCGAAGCCAAGGGAACGGUCCUGAUGAAGAACGCCGACGACCUCAAGAAUUACAACAAGACCGAGGAAACAAAGAUGGAAGAAAUCAUCCAGGGAAUUGCUCAGUCCGGUGUCAAGGUUGUUGUUACGGGAGGAAACAUCAGUGACAUGGCCUUGCAUUUCAUCGAAAAAUAUGAAUUGAUUGCUCUGAAACUCUCGUCCAAGUGGGAAUUGCGCCGUCUUUGCCAGGCUACGGGAGCCACAGCCCUUGUGCGCUUGGGUGCUCCCACCGCCGAGGAAAUGGGUUCUGCCACCACUACGCAAAAGAUUGUUGGUGGCCGUACCGUCACGGUCUUUGAAAACGACGAGGACGGGAAGAGCAAGAUUGCUACCCUCGUCUUGAGGGCCUCGACCGGAAGCGUCCUCAACGACCUCGAGCGAGCCGUCGGAGACGGAAUCCAUGCCGUGCAGAUGGCGUGCAAGGACGGACGMAUCGUCUACGGUGGUGGUGCCUGUGAAAUGGAAUGCGCCGUCCAGCUGGACCGGUUGGCAGACCAAAACCCCGGAUUGGAGCAAUACGCCAUCCGGGCGUUUGCCAAGUCUCUGGAAUGUGUCGGUCGGACCCUUGCCGAGAACGCCGGGUGGGACGCCGUUCAGGUUGUCGCCGACAUGCGGGCGGCGCACGUCAAUGGUAACGCCGACGUUGGUGUCGACGUCGAAAACGAUCCGGGCAGCACGAGCAUGAAGGGAACGCCCGCAUCCCCCGGUGGAAUCUAUGACCUGAUGUACGUGAAACGAUCGGCAUUGAAGCUGGCCAUCGAGGCAGCCACCACAAUCCUCAAGGUCGAUCAAAUYAUCAUGUCCAAACGAGCCGGAGGUCCGAAAAUGCCGGGGCAAUAAAAACAAAUCAAAAAUACUACAUAAUUAGAAACAAUACUACACGUACUAUGAACACGCGGCAGACAAGCCACAUUCCUCAGCAACAAUAAAYAGUAGAGUACACA